UAAUGAGGGACAGUAGGGAAACGCAUGGGGCAUAUCUGUAACAAACAUCAAGCACUUGCUAUCAGAUAUGUGGCUUGCUAAGCGACUUGCGACAUCUUUUGUUCUCAAAGGACAUGGUCUGUUCUUUAAUACUUCAAGAUCCCUGCCUGAGUAUGAGCUCAGAUUAUUGCACUGCACCUGCUGCAGGAGAAGCGGAAUCAUGGUCGCUGGUUUCAACACUGUGAAUGGAUCUGAUUCCUCUGAAUUUUGCCAGGAGGAUGGCAAACCUCUGGACUCAUGUUAUACAGCAGAGCAGCGUGCUGUCAUCCUUCAGCGCCUCAAUACUGCCACAGAGUCUGAACUGGCACAGGUCAAAAUGCUGAGAGGAAGAAAAGCUGUCAACAUUCUCAGCUAUAGAAGUAGGCAUGGACCAUUCGACAGUCUGGAAAGUGUCAUCAAUGUGCCCUUACUGAAGCACAAGAGUGCUGUCGUAGUCUUUAACUCAAUACUUAAAUCAGAUGAUAUGAAGGACAGGAGAAAGGGAAAAAUCCACCUGGCUAAAUUUAUAAGACCUGAAGUUGACAGAGCACUUUUGAAAGAGGCAAGCUCUAUUAUAUCUAUUGUUUUUGGAACAAAUAAAAUCGCGUGGGCACAUAUGGAUCGAGCAAAGACUGUUUUAGACUGGCAGCAGGAAGAGUGCAAGAGUUUUAUGAAUGGGACGUACAUGGCCUCAGAUUAUUUGAAGGAUAUCUCUGCUGUUAUUUCAAAAUUUCCUGCCGCUGACUUCUUUGUGGUAGAGAAGCCAAGUAUCUCUCCACAGAACACAUCCCUUUUUCCGGUCAUGGCUCACCUUCGGACAGUUGAGGCCAUGCUUUUUGCUUUGCUUACCCCAGUGAGGGAACCAGGAAGAUCCCCCAAAGUACUUAACAUGAUGCGUACAGCUGUGGGUCGGCAUUUUGACCUGAUGGUGGGGGACAGUCGGGCAAGUGGAGCUGAGACCGUAAGGAAGAUGAUGACAGAGUCUGUAAUGAAGCAAGAGCCACGAGUAGUUUUUCCCCACAAUUUGGUGGUAAAGCACAGAAACUCCUUUCAGAUGAGCAGCAAGAACAGAGGGGAAGAACUGUGUGAUACUCUUCUGCAGGCUGUUGCAUUUUUUGAACUUCUGCGGGAGUAAACCGCUAUGAAUGACUUUUGCUUAUUUGUUGUAUAAAUGGAAAUAUUACGCACUUGAUCAACUUAUCCUUUUCAUUAACAGUGUGUCUACACCGGACGCAACCGGCGCAACGUGACAUGACUACACGGCUCGUUAUAAUGGGAUUGUCGCUGUGCCACAUCCGGUGUGGACAAAAUUUGAAAUUAUAAUGGGUUCUAAUGCGUUCUUUUUUCGCGUCCGGUGUAGACACGGUGUAAGGCAUGGAAUGAUGCCCAGCUGCAUGUGCAAUGCAACAUGUAAGAGAAUAUUUAUUACACUUCACAUAAAGGUUAAGUUAUUAAAGAAAUAGUGGAACACAAACAAAUAAUUUUAUAUUAAAAUGAUGUCAUUUUAUCUUAUACACGACUCAUUAAAUGUUGAAGCUCCAUAAAAGUAAUAAGAGGAUAUCCUAAGUUAGCCCUUGUGGCACUACACUUGCAUCUAAAUCCAAAAUAACUGACUUCCAAACUAUAUAAUAUGCUAAAUUAUGUUAUAAUAUUAAUUAAAAAACCUAAUGGUUUACUACUUUGAGCAUUCUCAAAUGAACACUUCUAUACCAUGGGAGCUGAGGAACCACCAAUUUCAAAAAGUAAAUUGAAAAAUACCAGAAGACUGUGAGCUGGGUGCCUAAGUAAUGUGCCUAAGACUCAAUAAAUAUAUACCUUUGGGUAAACUGUACUAAGCAAGAUGUGAGUAAUUUAUGCU